GCCAUUACGACGCAGCCGAGACACGUUCGUCGUAUUUAGUUAAAUAUUUUCGUUUAUAAAUGAGUAAUAACGCUCAUGAGCUAAGUAAUCGACUUCUGAAUGCGUUGGAUAGCAAUUACAAUGUAAGUUUGCGAGUUUUGAAGAUCAUAAGUCUGAUAAGCAAGUUGGAGAUACGGAAACGGUCCGCACGAGCCUGUGACACCCGACUCGAGUUGCGAUUCGGCCUUUUGGAAGGUUGUCUCGAUGAUAUCAAGCGCUGAGCGCGAUUGACAAAGGUUUUAGAACUUCUGUGCGAUAGCAGGGGCGAGUGUAAUACGAAAUCCGUGAUGUAAAUGUGGUUUGUGUGUGGAUACGUGAGCGUUGCGAGUGAUGUACGGGGCCACUGACGUCGCCAGCGCUCCUCUCGUCCCUCCGUCCCUAGUGCCAAAUGUUUUGCAAUGUGAAAGUAUGGAAUUGUGCCACGCGUGACCUUUCCCGUAGAUUUUCGUCAGGUUGCGGCUAAGCUUUGUUUAGCUUCGUUCGAAAACGAAAAAAUGUGUUCUUAUCCGUACCCUUAAAUAUGUUCGGUCCUAGAGUUUGUUGGUGGCAGCAUGGAUUAACCAUCGGGCGCGUGGUGCUCGUUAUUGUAUUGCUUGAGGAUUGAGGAUAUCAGUGGCACAUUUUAACUUAGUUUAGAUGGUGUAAUCGCAGGUCGUCGACAUGCAGACUGUUAAUGAAAUUAUAUCCAUUUUGGAGAAAUUCAAUAUCACAAAAGAGCUGCUGGAGACCACCCGAUUGGGUAAGCACGUGAACGAGCUAAGGAGGAAGACCACAGACCCGACACUAGCGAGGCGAGCCAAAGUGCUCGUCAAACGGUGGCGGGACCUCGUCAUACCGGCGGUAGCGUCGCCCGCGCAUACCGGAUCGAACCGGUCGUCAGCUGAGCGACAAGUGCGCAGGUUGGGCGGCACUCCGCUAACAUCUCCGGCGCUCUCACGGCAUGUGGUGAGCCCUGCGGUACUCAGCCCGCGACCUCCGUGUAGACCAGCAUGGGGCGGUUACGAGUCAGACUCUCAGGACGUGAUCCUGGUAGACGACGACCCUCCACCGCCUCCAUCACACCCGUCCCCCUUCGAGGGAACGCUACCCCUUCCAUUAGCAUCGCACAAGCCUUUAACACCACCCGUGAAGAGGCCGCCGUCCGCAGAUCUUCUUUACGAUGAUAAAAAAGCAAAAAGAGACAAAAAGCCCCGGAAAAGAAGGGGUCACAGUCGUGCUGGGUCCGGCACAGAGACGACAGCAUCGGGCACCGAACCGUCUGCGCACGCGCACGGACCCGUCCCGCCGCACACACCGCACGCGCCUGUCCCGCCGCACGCGCCACAUGGCACGGUCCCGCCGCACACACCCCACGGGCCCGUCUCGACGCACGGACACGCGUGGGGCGCGCGCAACGGGUCGAAUCCGGAGCGACGGCGGAACGGCUGGCGACGGGACAAGCAGGACCCGUAUGCCGCGCUUGUCAACAGACUACCGCCCGCUGGCGCUAAAAAGGUCAAAACUACAAAAGAACUACUGGAGCAGAUCCAAUCACGGGGUACUGGCAAGGCACCGUCGCGGCCCCCUUCCCCCCACUCUCCCAACUCUCCUCACUCCCCCGAUGUAAUGCUCAUAGAACCCGACCCAUGUCCGGUGAAGGUGGAAUCACCGCUUAGGAACGGCAGUAGCGAACCCAAGAAGCUGAAAUCCGAGCCGGAGCCGCAGCUGGAGCCAAAGCCGGAGCCGAAGCCCGAGCCUGAGCCCGAGCCCGUCGUCCUCCCGCCGCUCGAGGACGAGCGCGAGUGGGCGGAGUGCACGUGUGGCGAGCCCGAGGGCGACGAGUGCGGCGACCCGGCCUGCCCCGCGGCCGUGCGCGGCCAGCUGCGUCCGCUGCACGUGCUGGCGCUGCACAACGCGCUUCUGCCCGGCGUCAACGGCACGCGCGCGCCGCCCGAGCCGCACCGCUUCGCCGUGCGCCCGCCCCUGCUGCCCGACCAGCCCGGCCUCUUCGCGAGCGUCGUGCCGCUUUACAACUAUUCUGACUACGCCGAUGACUAUUGUGUUAAAAAUCUCGCGCGAAUUCCGCUCUGCAGUAGCCUGCCCUGGACCGAGUUUGCGCCGGCGCCGCCCUCUCCGCCGCCGCCUCCCUCGCCGCCCCCGUUGCAACCCUACCCAUUCGAUCCGCCCGAGGAGCCGUCGGUCGAGGUGAAGCUCGAACCUGACGCCGCCUCGAUUGACUCUGCUGACGACGCCCCGCCGGACGAGGCCCCGGAUACGGAGACGAGGACGAAGCCGAAGCGCGAGAGGCCAACGAUCGAGGCGGAAAUGGUCGGGAUUCCGAACCUGGAGCCGAGCGAGAGACUGAAAGCGCCGCUGCUGUCCGCGGAGGACGAGACGCAGUUCGGUGCCGAGCCGAAGACGAUCGUAGAGGUCGAGAAACGGUUCGUGAGCGAGCCACAGGAGCAUCGGACGGUCGAACGGACGAAAGAAGAGCUAGACGGGCGGACGCUGUAUGCGCUGUGUGAGACGGCGCUGCGGACGGUGCCCUACCGCUACGAGCAAACGGCGGCGGCGCCCGUGGUGGCCCUGCCGCUCGUGCCCAGCGGUGCGGACGAGCAGCAGGCGGACGGCGAGGCCCGCGAGGUGCUGCAGAGCGCGCUGGAGACCGCGGCUGCCGACACGCAGCGCGACGAGAUGGGCCGGCCCUUGCGCGCCACGCACUUCGCGGAGUGGCACGAGUGCGCGCGCCUGGGCGAGCUCAUAGCGCUGCCCUACGUCGUCAUCGACUGACGCCCGUCGCCGCCCGACCGAGCGAAGCUUCCGUUGUCUCGCUGUGUUCCAAGUGUCCUUAUGUUAGAUUUAAGAGUGACCGUUGUAUAUAAGUGCCGUGGGUGACGUGUGCGCGCUCGAAUAUGUACAUACAGCCCGUAAGUUAGCGAAUGUAGGUAGGCUCGAGGGCGCUCGCUGGACGCCGAUCGUUCGAACCGGCUCACUGGCUUCGUUUAUCGCACACGCGACCUGACCAUGCAUUCGGGUCGUGUGUUCGUUUUGAAACGUUUUCGGCGGAUGUUUCGUGCGGUGGUUCUCGCGAGUUGUGAUAUUGAGGGUGCGACGAGGCCGUCCGCGGAGCGCCGGACACCAGCCUCGUCGAAAGACUCAGAUAAAAAUCUCUAGACUGUUUCGUAUUGAGUUAUCUUGUUACCGAUUGUGAUUUAUAAAAAGAAAAUUAGGUAAUUAAUAAUAAUAGGAGUUCCAAUUGUAUAUUAUACAUAUAUAUUGCUAUAUCGAGUCAAAUAUCAGAUAUGAAUAAUUUAUAAUCUUGCGAUGUAUAAAUCGACCACUAUCAUCGUUUCGUAAGUGAAAAUGGUACCUAAAACAAUUUGAUAAAUUAUUUUCAAUACCUUGCAAUUUUUAGACAAAAAAUUGUCCGUGAGAGGCCCCCGCGUCGCGACGUUGUUCUUUGUGGUUUGUUUCUUUAAUUUGUUAAGCUUAUAAGUUGAGUUUGGUUUCGCAGGGGCUUCUGACGGAGUCGCCCGGUUUAGUGGGUCUGAACUAUUCCGAUGUGCCAGACGAUUUGUGCCAGAAAACAAAUAAUUUAAUCUUUUAAACAAUUUAUUGCGAGUACCAAAAACAUGAUAUCUUAUCGUUUUCUAAAGUAACUAGUAUUUUAGUCAACAAAAAUUUAUAAAAAAUAUACAAUUCAGAAAGUGAUAUUGAAUGAUGUGCUGUUUCUAUUUUUGUAGGAUUAUGUAGAAUCACUAGUAUAUUUUAAUUUAUUCUCACAUUUAUUGUUUAUGCUAUUCCUAAACUAAGUUCUCUGAUACCCAGACAUGCAGUUUAAACUUAUGUAUAUAUACAUUCUGAUUCUAAUAGUAUAAUAUUUAAGUUUCCUAUAUCAAUUUGCACAUGAUCAUUUUUACAUUGUUAAAUAUAUUGAGUUUUAAACUCUUUAGAUGACGUUGUUUAGUUGAUAUGUUAAAAAUUACUACUUUCAAAAAUCAACCACAGAUAUUCCAAAAUUAAAUUACUUAUAUAUUAAUGUAUUACAGUAAUAUUAUUAUUGUUUAUAUAUUUCUUAUAAACCAAAGGUAAAUGAGGACCAAUAGUUUUGUUGUAAUAAAAAAAUUCAAUUUAGCAUUUUAAAAAAAAUUUGGCAUUGAUUUUGGUAAAGAUGAAAUUUUGUUAGAAGACAUUGUUAUCUAAAUUUUCUUUGAUUUUUUUUGAUGUAAUUAUACCAAAUAUGAGGUAUUGACAUGGCCAAUGUAAGUUUGAUAAAUUCUUGUUACAUGUGCAAAUGUCAAAUGGUCAGUCAAUAAAGGUUAUCCAAAUUGAGUUAUGUAAUUUUUAAUGUUAUUUUGAAGAGCUUAAUUGUGCAUUAUCCUGUUUAUUGUUAUAUUUUAUGUUGUUUAAAUUAAAAAUGAUCGAAGACCAAAAUUAGUAAAAUGUUAGAUUUUGUACAUAAUUAAAUAUCCGACUGUAAAUUUCAAGCUAAUUUACUAAAUAGAGGCGUAAGUAUUUUCUUAAAAACGAAUCUAAAAUGUAUCAUUGUCAAAAUAAAUAAUAAAACGCAGGACGUUUAACGUUUUUAUGAACAUACUAUGACCUAAAAUGAGAUUGUUAAAUGUUCUACAUAAGCUCUCUGUACCAUCCAUUUAUUUUUAUAUUCAAUAUUUCUGCUAGUUAUAAUGUAACAGAUCCACUAAACUGAGGCUUGUAACGAAAGGCCUUACAUGUAAAGCGCGGGAUAAUUCCGGGCGUGGAGCUUGUAUAGAGGGCAAUGUAACCCGGAGACUGCCUUGUUGGACUUGAUCCAAAAUUUUGGUAAAAUAUAAAAGCAAAAUAUAUGUGUUUUUAUUACGA